CCUACAGGAAGUUGUGUAGUUGCGUCGCUAUUUUCACUGGUUCUCGUGUUUUAUCUAAACACAAGAAAGAAAUUUAACUGACUCAUAUUAUUUGUCAUUUGCAGCGUUUCAUUUUCAUUCCAGCAAAAUGAAACACAGCUCCAACGUUCCCGCGUUUCUCACCAAGCUUUGGACCCUCGUCGAGGAUUCGGACACAAAUGAAUUUAUUUGCUGGAGCCAGGAAGGAAAUAGUUUCCUUGUACUGGAUGAACAAAGGUUUGCAAAAGAGAUUCUCCCCAAAUUUUUCAAGCACAACAACAUGGCCAGUUUCGUCCGACAGCUCAACAUGUAUGGUUUUCGCAAGGUGAUGCACAUUGAAACGGGCAUAGUGAAGCAAGAGCGAGAUGGACCAGUUGAAUUCCAGCAUCCAUACUUCAAACAUGGGCAAGAUGACUUGCUAGAGAAUAUCAAAAGAAAGGUCUCCAAUGCACGUCCUGAAGAGAACAAAAUAAGACAAGAAGAUCUUUCUAAAAUUCUGACAAAUGUACAGAAUGUCCACGAGCAGCAAGAAAACAUGGAUGCUAGACUUGCUACGCUGAAAAGAGAGAAUGAAGCUCUUUGGACAGAGAUUUCAGACCUCAGACAGAAACAUGCACAGCAGCAGCAGGUCAUAAAGGAGCUGGUGCAGUUCAUCUUCACAUUGGUUCAGAACAAUCGCAUGUUAAAUUUAAAACGCAAAAGACCGCUUACUCUGAGCAGUAAUGGAAAGAAGUCAAAAUUCAUCCACCAGAUCUUCGAGGAACCUGUGGACCACAGCAAAUCCCCAGUGAAUGGACUCAAUGGAUCGAAAAACAGCUCUGACAUUUCUGAAGAUGUCGUCAUUUGUGACAUCACAGAUGAUGAUGCGGACUUUAUAGAUGGCGUAUCUGUACCGGCUGACCAAGUAGAUGCUGAAAUUGUGGAAGUGGCUUAUGAAAGCAGUCCGAAUAAAAGAAACGACAGCACAAUUGGAAGUGUAACAAAUUCAACCACUCAACAAGAAGCAGUACCCAAAAGCACGUCAAGCAUCCUGCAAUUGAACAAACCGUCAGGUCUAAGUUCAGAGGAUCCAGUGAAGCUGAUGGACUCUAUUCUCAGCGAAAAUGGAGCCCUUUCACAAAACAUAAACCUUCUCGGCAAAGUUGAGUUGAUGGACUAUCUGGACAGUAUUGACUGCAGUCUGGAAGACUUCCAGGCCAUGUUGUAUGGAAAACAGUUCAGCAUUGAUCCAGAUAUCAUAGAGGAAGCUGUCUCAGAAACAAAGGGUAAAGCCAACAAAGGGAAGUCUGAGCCUGGCAACACAGAUAAGCAGCUGAUCCAGUACACAACCUGCCCUCUGCUGGCCUUCCUGGAUGGAUGCUCCCCUCUGGCCCCAUCAGAUCCUCCAGCUGAAAACCUGACCCAAUCUAUCCUGCCCCAUAGCCCUGAAGAACCCGCGGACCUGUUGGACAAGGCCCUGGAGAUGGAGACCCAGAUUCCUCGCAGCUCUCUGAUCCGUCUGGAGCCCCUUACAGAGGCAGAGGCGAGCGAGACCACGCUAUUCUACCUGUGUGAACUGAACUCUGACCUGCCCAGCGCCGACACGCCACAGCUAGAUAUCUGAAAGCGAAUUAGCCUGGAAAACAGGGACUGGACCUUUUCAUUAUUUGUAAAUAUUCAUCAAAAUGAUGAUAUUUAUUAGCCAGAAUUUUUUUUUGGUACCAUCUGUCCCUCAGUUUGACAUUCCUUCCUUUCACUGAUACUUCUAGUUACUGUUCACUAGUUAGUGUUCCUUCCAGUAUUUCCAUCAGGAGAUCAGGCUGCAGUUAUGUUGCUGAUUUAUAUUGCAGCUGUUUUGUGAAGCACGCGUUGUCCUGUUUUAUUGUUGAGCAGUUCAGAAAAUGUUAGUUAUCCGUUGUGUAUGGUAUAGAAGUGCCUGCCUGAUGUUCUAAUGUCACUGUAAAUCGAUGUGAAGACCUUGGCUCAUGGUUAGUUCCAUAAUGUUGGACAAUACACAGUGAUUAUUGUUACUGUGCGAUAUUCAUCAUUAUAAAAAGCUUUGCAGUCGCAUUAAA